AUGCUCUUGGCAAUUUUCAAAACUUUCUGUUUCCGAUGCAAAGCUGACAAUCCUUCUGUUGAGGUACAUCGCACUGGAACAAUGGCAACUGUUGUGCAGAAAUGUAGGCAGUGUAGAAUGCAUUUCCAGUGGAAAAGUCAGCCAUCACUCUUUGGAAAAUAUCCUGCAGGCAAUGUAAUGCUGAGUUUUGGCAUCUUGACAUCGGGUGUGAGAAUAAGCCAGGCUUUGUUGAUGUUUAGACACAUGGGGCUGUCAGCCAUAUCUGGACGGACCUUUUUUUAUCAUCAGAAAAAAUUCCUCUUCCCAUCUGUGCUCCAUCAUUGGGAAAGCUAUCGCUCAUCACUGCUUGAAAAAUUGAGAGGGGUCAAGAAUGCACAAUGGUCUGGAGAUGGAAGGUUUGAUUCUAUGGGUCACAAUGCUAAAUAUGGUGUCUACACAUUGUUUUCCAAUUCCAUCUCCAAACUGGUCCAUUUUGAACUGCUUCAGGCAAAUGAAUCAGGGUCAAGUAACGCAAUGGAACUUGAUGGAGCCAAACGUUGCUUUCAGUUCAUAAAGAAUGCUGUUUUGACAAUCACAACAUUCAUAAGUGAUCGGCACAAAGGAAUCGCAAAGUGGAUUCGUGAAUCACAGCCUGAAACCUCCCAUUUCAAUGAUUUGUGGCAUGUCUGCAAAGGUCUCACAAAGAAAAUCUUGAAAGGCAGCAAAGAAAAAGGCUUUGAAGUACUAAAAUUAUGGCUCAAGGGAAUACGUAAGCAUCUUUAUUGGUGUGCCCUUUCUACCAAGCAAGGCUUUGGUGAGUUGAUUGUUGCAAAGUGGAGAUCCUUGAUGCGUCAUAUUGCAAACAAACAUGAUGAACAUCCGAAUCAGUUGUACAACAAGUGUGCACAUGUUGAACUUGAACCACGUGAAUGGAUUCCAAUCGGUACACCUGCAUAUGACAAAUUACUCAAGAUUCUUUGCAACACAACCACUUUAAAAGAUGCCCAGAGUCUAUCAUGUGAUGCCCAGACAAGCUGCCUGGAAGGCUUUCAUUCAACGUUAAAUCACUGGCACCCAAAAAUGGUUCACUUUUCUUGGCUUGGUACAUACUGCAGGUGA